AUGUCUGAUAUCCCUUCUUGUUCUAGCGGCAAUAACACAAACAGCGAUGAUUCUGGUAACUUUGAGUGUAACAUCUGCUUGGACUUGGCUCAAGACCCGAUUGUGACUCUCUGUGGUCACUUGUUCUGUUGGCCUUGCUUGUACAGAUGGCUCCAUCUCCAUUCUCACUCCAAAGAGUGCCCUGUCUGCAAAGCCCUCAUCGAGGAAGACAGAUUGGUUCCUCUCUACGGUAGAGGCAAAUCCUCCACUGACCCUCGUUCCAGGUCUAUCCCGGGGCUCGAAGUGCCGAACCGUCCUUCGGGUCAGAGACCCGAGACUGCGCAGCCUCCUGAGCACAACAACCACCAUGGCUUUGCUCAUCACGGGUUUGGAGGGUUCAUGGGCGGUUUUGCUGCUCCGAUGGCGAGUGCGCGGUUUGCGAACGUCACGCUCUCUGCUGCGUUCGGCGGUUUGAUUCCGUCGUUGUUUAACCUCCAGUUCCAUGGUUUCCCCGAUGCGGCCAUGUAUGGAGCUGCUGCUGCUGCUUCUGGUAGCUUCCCUCACGGGUUCUCGAACCCGUUCCAUGGAGGACACUCGCAUAUGCAUAGUUAUCACCGGCACACGGGGAGACAAGGACAGCAAGACUAUCACUUGAAGGCAUUGCUCGGCUUUGUUUUCCUCAUCGUUGUGGUUUCCCUUGUCUUAAGCUAA